AUGUGGACCACUGCCUUGGGCGUGUUCGCGUCCAUCCUCUUGCUGGGAUGGCAGUCCCUUUUUCAUAAUCAGGAUUAUGUACCUGCGACAUUGAGGCCCAUCGGCAUCGCACGGGUGCCAUCGGCACGUUUGCCCACGGCCGUGCGGCCGUUGCAUUAUGACCUGUCGAUUUUAUCAGACCUCGAGCAUCUUCAAUUCUACGGUGGCGUAAACAUCACGCUGCACGUAGAGCAGCCUACAUCGGUCGUCGAGUUUCAUGCCGGUGCCAACUUGAAGAUGGGCGAUGUGCGCAUUGCGACGCACAGCGGCGAGUAUGCCGCCCCGCCUCUACGGAUUCCAGAUAGGGAACGCGUGCGCGUGUUGCUUCCCCGCCGUCUCGAGACCGACGAGCUCGCACACAUUCUCGUCAGCUUUCGUGCGCCCAUUGAUCACAGUAUGCGCGGCUACUAUUACUCGACAUGGCGCCACAACGGCGAGUCAGGGCAUUAUGCGCUCACGCAAUUUGAGCCGACCUCGGCUCGGCGCGCCUUCCCAUGCUGGGACGAGCCAUCUUACAAGGCCACAUAUUCGUUCCGCAUGUUACACAGCGAAAAUACCACAGCGCUGGCUAAUAUGCCAUCGGUACGGCGCCGCACGGCACGGGCCGAUGACAUGCAGCGGCUCUUGCAUGCGUCACCCGACCUACGUGGGGCAUGGCUGAUGACAGAAUUCGACACCACACCUCGCAUGUCGACGUACCUUGUGGCGUGGGCAAAUGGUGCGUUUCAGCAUGUAUCCAAUACGGCUGCAUCGCCUCUCACAGGGCGCAAGAUCCCUGUCAGCUUGUACACAACGCCCGAAUUUAUUCAACAAGCAGCCUACACCACCGACGUCAUGGCACGUGUCUUGGCGAUGUACGAGAAAGUGUUUCGCAUUGCCUAUCCACUGCCCAAACUCGAUGCUCUAGUGUCUGCGGACUUUGACUUUGGAGCGAUGGAGAACUGGGGUCUGAUUACCGGACGAACGUCUGUAUUUCUGCACGAUGAGACCAUGGGGCUGCGUGGCCAAAAGAAUGCCGCCAGUGUCAUGAGCCAUGAAAUCGCUCACAUGUGGUUCGGUGACAUUGCGACGAUGGCUUGGUGGGAUAACUUGUGGCUCAACGAGGCCUUUGCGACGCUUAUGGGCGAAGCUAUCAUCUUGGACCGCGUGUACCCUGAAUGGAAAAGUUCGAGAGAGUUCGUUGUAAUGCAUUGGAUGCGCGCUCUGGAACUUGAUGCGAUGCGCUCCUCUCAUGCGAUCGAGAUUCCCUUCCGCAGCGCGCGUGUCGAGGAUGAGAUUGCGCAGGUGUUUGAUGCCAUUUCCUACUCCAAGGGCGCUAGUGUGCUCCGUAUGUUGGCUCAAGUGCUCGGCGAAGAUGUGUUUCUACAUGGCGUAAGUCGAUACCUCCAACGUCAUUUGUACGGUAACACACGGACCAAUGACUUGUGGGAUGCCAUGAGCGAGGUAUCCGGGCGUGAUAUACGCACGCUUAUGACCAGCUGGGUACGGCAGCAAGGCUAUCCUGUGAUUACAGCCACCGAGUCAGACUCUUCCAUUCAUGUGCGCCAGAACCGUUUUCUCUUGACGGGAGAUCCAUCACCAGAAGAGGACGACACGUUGUGGCAUGUACCAUUGGGUCUCAAGGUGCCAGGCGCCGUCAACAAGACGUUGAUGUUACCAGGUAUUCGAGCCAUGACUAUCGAUAACACAAAUGCCUCGAUCUGGAAAUUGAACGCUGAUACGAUGGGUGUGUAUCGAGUUGCUUACGAGCCGAACCAUCUGGAAAGAUUGGGUCGGUCUCCGCCUGGUUUCUUAUCGGUAGAAGACCGGAUUGGGCUGCUGGAUGAUGCAUUUGCCCUAGCUCAGGCGGGCUACACAAAGACGUCGGCAGCUCUUACACUCACGCACGCAUUCCGCAAUGAGUCCAGCCAAUUGGUCCUGCAGGCCAUGGCUCUCCGCUUGGAGCACCUGGCCAGUGUGUGGUGGGAGCGGCCGGAACGUGCUAUGAUCGAGCAUUUCCAAGCUGAUGUGUUUGGUCCUCUAGCUCGUCAACUCUCGUUUGAAGGAGGUGGCCAUGAGCCCAGCGAUGUGCGUGAAUUGCGGGCUACAGUCAUCGCAGCAGCAGCGGCAGGAGGUGAUGCAUGGACCAUUGGUGAAAUUCGCCGUCGCUUUGCGCCCUUGCAGAGUCGAAACGAAAGUCUGAUUCACCCCGAUCUCAUUCGCACAAUCCUGACACAUGCCGUCAAACAUGGUGGGAAGGCUGAGUAUGAGACAGCAUUGCGCAUGUAUCGGGAGCCUCGUACGCCUUUACACCGAAACUAUGCACUCAUGGCUCUGGGCAGCACGCAACAACCCGCGCUGAUCGAACGUACGAUCAAGCUUGUAUUUGACGGUGAGGUGCCUUUGCAGGAUUAUACAUACAUUUUCCAAGCGCUUGCUAGUAAUGUACACAGCAGGCGUCGUCUCUGGGAGGCUACCAAACAGCAUUUCGAUGAGCUCUCUGGAUCACUACGCGGUAACUUCGGUCUCAUGGGUGUCGUAAAGGCAGCGGUCAGUUCUUUAUCAAGCACAGCCGACCUAGAGGAUGUGCGCCAAUUUUUCCAAAGACGCAAUGACACGUCCUUUUACAGUCUGAGCCUCGCACAGAGUAUUGAGGCCGUUGCAUCUCAGUCGCACUGGCUCGCUCGCGACGCUGACGACGUGCAGGCAUGGCUUGUGCGUCACACUCGUUCUUAG